GAAGCGCGCGACCUGGCCGUGAUUUCCUUUGAAUACACGCUCUGUUCACUUGCGGUUUGGACGUUACUGUUGAAUAAAUGAUAAGUUAAAUUCAACUUGUGGAGUUCCUACAUUUCCUCUAAACCCGGGAUGGAUUUGCACAGGCGCGUGUCCUCUGCGGGAUACCGGUUACCGGAACGGAACCAAAGCACCAGCAGGCCCUUGUCAUCCCAGCCAGCAGCGGACAGGACGCGCCGAGCCCACGGACACACGGUGUCCACUGAGCAGACCUCAGACAGGAGUGAUCCCGUGAAACAGGACCGAGUGUGGAGAGAAGUGGUGGUGGGUGAGAGGAGAGGAGUCCGGGAAUGGGAGACGAACUGGGGCUUUUUGACAGAAUAUGAUCAGAUGGGUCAUCUGAAGUCACCAGAGCCUUUACCCAGCAACGUGUCCCUCUUCUCGGACAGUGUCCCCAACACCACCAACCAGAUGUUUGGCAGCAGACUGUCCACUCCACUGGGGAGUGAACUUGUCAGGCUGGAUAGGCGGCUUCUCUGGUCUGGAAGCUGUUACAAGCGCAAGCUGGAUCCGGAGAUGCUGCCCUGCUAG